AUGUCUGUGACUGUAUUUUUGUCUGAGCAUGGGCGGGCGCUCGCCGCGAGCGCACUGGUCGCCGUGCUGGCGCUGCUGAUCCGCAGACUACGAUCGGCGAAGCGUGCACACGCUGGAUCGAAUUUGAAUCGAUCGACCAAUUUCAAGUUGGGCGCGGUGACGGCGGCGUCCGCCUCAGGUGCACGCGACGCACAACGGGAACCAGGAGAAUGGAUCCCAGUACAGUUCGACUACCCGCGCGUCGAGCCAGAGACUGCCGACAUUAGCACAGUGAAGCCCAUCCCUUAUCGCCCGUUCCGAUGGGGAGAAUAUCACGUCACCAUGGGCAUCCGGAGCAUGCCCUCUAACGAGUGGAUCGAGAUCGACCAGCAGUUCUUCGACUACCACAAGAUCGUCGGGUAUCGCAUCAAGACACGCGGAGACCGCGCUGUCAAGAUCAAUGACGCACAGCCGGGGAUCGUCGGCUCUGGACAUGCUGCAGCCCAGGAAUUCGUGCAUGAGCUCGCCGAGUACCUCUCGCAGCGGUAUCCAGCGCUUUACCAGGCCGUGCGCAAGGAAAAGGACACGUCUGGGUGGUAUGGUCAGGGUGAAAUCAAGACAAUCACGAUCAUCCCCCUGCAAGAGACGUACGACCUCGACGAGCAGGACCCGUUGAUCGUCGCGUCGCUAUUAACUCAGGAAGACUACACGAUCAUGAUUGAGGGAACCGACGGCAGGUACUACCUGCAGGCCGGUGCGAUCUGCAUUCCAGGAUUCUGGCGCCUCGAAGACAAGCUCGGCAUGCCGCUCGAUGAAAUCCACCUCACCGGCAACGUGCCCCACUACCAGAGCAAGCUCCACCUCAGCAUGGGCCGCUUCUUCCGGCGGCUUCCCGUCGACAAGCCCGUCGUGCGCAACAACUACAGCUUCCAGGUCGUCCGCCCGCCGGCGCCCGCCGCAGACACAGACACAGGCGCAGACGCGCUCGCGGCUGUCGACCCGACCGAGCUCGCGUGGUCGCGCACGAUGCACGGCUCUGAAGACGGCGCCGCCUUCGAGCGCAGCGCGGUCAUCCGCGGAACACUCGCGCCGUCGAACCAGCUCGCGCACGCACACGUGAGCCCCGAAGGCAAGGACGAGAAGCGGGAACGGACCAAGGCGCCGUUGGACCCACAAACGGUGUACCUGCGCACGGAGCGCCAGACGCUGCGCCGCCUGCCGCGCACGGGCGGGAUCGUGUUCACGAUCCGCGUGUACCAGACGCCGGUCGCGCAGCUUGCGCAAGAGCCGGGCGUGCCCGGACGCCUCGCGAGCUCGGUGCGCGGAUGGUCGGAGGAGGUUGCGCAGUACAAGGACCUCUUCGCGUACGAGGACAUCCUCGAAUAUCUAGACAAGUGCCAUGCGGAGCAGGCGCAGACAGGACUUGUCAAGCUGGAUGAACAGACAUCUGCGUAUCCGAUGUGA